AUGUCUCUGAGGUUGAAGGACAAAGUGUGUAUCAUCACAGGCGGCGGCCAUGGCUUUGGAGAGGCCAUGGCUAGGCGGUUCGCCGAAGAAGGGGGGCGAGUGGUCAUCGCCGAUAUCAAUGCCACGACCGGGACCAAAGUCGCAUCCGAGAUCAACGGCGCGCAUGGCGAGAAAACGGCGUUCUUCCAGGAGACAAACGUCACCAGCCAGGCUUCGUGGGCGGCGUUGCUGGAAGCCUCAUUAAAGGAAUUUGGCAAGGUCGACGUCGUGGUCAACAAUGCGGGGACGACAUAUCCCAAGAAAGCCUCGCACACGGUCACGGAAGAAGAGUACGACAAGGUGAUCAGUGUCAACAUGAAGUCCAUCUUCCUCAGCGUCGCCGUAGUGGUGCCAUAUUUUAUGGAAAAGAAGGCGGGCACCAUCCUGAACGUGAGCUCGGUGGGAGGAAUCCGAGUCAAGAACGGGCUGGUAUGGUAUGGUGGAACAAAAGCAUUUGUAAACAAGAUCACCGAGGGCCUCGCCUCAGAAUACGGCCAUGCUGGAGUCCGGGUCAAUGCCGUCUGCCCCAUCCUAGCAUACACCAACCUGGCACAAUCCUUCAUGGGCGUCGACGACACACCAGAAAACAGGGCGAAAUUUGAAGCAUCCUUCCCGCGAGGCGAAGCGUUGAAGCUCAACACCUCGACCGGGUAUGUCGCCAACGCCGCCGUGUACCUUUGCUCCGACGAGGCAGCGUUCGUCAGCGGCAUAUGUAUGCCUGUCGACGGCGCGGCAACUGUGUUUGCUGCCGGAGUUGGCAAGUAG